AUGACUAAAGAUGCUCUUGAAGAGUCCCUUUUGAAGGGUGAAGCUAGUGUAAGCAACAACAAUUCUGUUUCCAAAAAGGCAGAAGAAAAUGAAAUUUUAAACAGUUAUUCAAAGGCUGGAUUUUUCAGCAUUCUCACUUUCUCAUGGCUGACUCCACUUAUAACAUUAGGGAGUAAAAAGACUUUAAACCAUCAAGACCUUCCUCUUCUUUCUGCCAAUGACACUGCCUAUGGAUCUUUUUCAACUUUUAGAAAAAAGCUUGAGUUGGAGUGUGGUAAUGUUAGGACUGUGACAACUAUUAAGCUCGUCAAGGUGCUGUUCUUAUCAACAUGGAAAGGGAUUCUCAUAUCUGGCUUAUUUGUAUCCUUGUGCGUAUGUGCUAGUUAUGUAGGACCCUACCUUAUUGAAGACCUUGUUCAAUAUUUCAAUGAUGAAAACAAGGUUCAAAAUGAAGGCUAUGUUUUGGCUACGACCUUUGUUGCGGCAAAGCUUGUUGAGUGUCUUUCGGUAAGGCACUGGAUGUUUACGCAUCAACAGGUAGGUGUUAGGAUGCAAGCAAUGAUGGUGUCAAUGAUCUAUGCUAAAGGUUUGACACUGUCGUGUCAAUCAAAAGAUGGACAUAGCACUGGCGAAAUCAUCAACUUAAUGACUGUUGAUGCUCAAAGGAUAGGUCAUUUUUCUUGGUAUUUGCAUGAUCCAUGGAUGGCCGCUCUACAACUUUCUUUGGCUUUGUUUCUUCUUCAUAGAAGUGUCGGGGUUGCUUCAGUAGCUACUUUCGCUGCAACUGUAAUGGUGAUGUUGCUAAACCUUCCUGUGGCAUCACUGCAAGAGAAGUAUCAAGGCAUGGGAGAUGAAGUUCUUAUCAAAGAUUAUUCAGCUUAG